GGGGGAUCCUUUUGGAUAGGGGAGGCACCAAGUUUGCUAAGAGGUAGGGAAAGUUUUAGGAGUUGUGGGUUGGGGAGAAGUGAGUGCUGGUGAGCAAACUCAGGAGGGCCGUCUCAGCCUGCACCAACCAGCCCAGCUCUCUUGAAGUGCUGGGAUGGGCUGGCCGCAACCUGAGAGCAUCCUAAAAAUAACCCCCUGCCCGGCAGAGGAAUGACCUUCUGGGACUUUGUCCGGCUGGGUGGGCAGGCACCUGGGGCUGCAGCGUCCAUGCCCCCUGGCAGGUACCCAGCAGCCGGGGGUGGGAGGUCACACGCGCGCAGAGGGUGAACAUCAAGCAAGGGGGACGGCUGCUUGGGGAGCGCUGCCAGGGCCCAAGUGGCCGGUGGGAUUCCCAGCCUGCUAGAAGAGGGGCUUUUGUUAUGGACUAGAUCUGCAAGCCCAGGCAGUACUUGACGUGACAGGGUGUGCAGGCCCCACCGAGCCAUGCAGAGAUCUCAGGGGCAGAGCAACCUCCAUCCGGCUGGGGGGACAGGACGGGGCUCAGGGAGAGCCCCCCCAAGCCCUGCCAUCCCUCCCAAAAGAGCCAAAGUUGCGACGACUGAGCAGGGAAGCCCUGCUGCUGCUGCGCCGGUCUUCCUGCAGGAGCUGACGGACACAACGGUCAGCAUCGGCCACAGCAUCCUGCUGAAGGUUGUGGUGGCAGGCAGCCCCCAGCCGCACCUGAGCUGGUACAAGGAGAAAGUGCCCAUCGCAUCCACCAAGGAGCAGGACGGCCAAGAGGAGGAGUAUGGCAGCCUCCGGAUCUGCAGCUGCAAAGCAGCCGACGCCGGGGUCUACAAAUGCAUGGCCAAGAAUGAACAUGGCGAAGCGGUCAGCAGCGCCACCGUGACUGUCGCAGAUAUGGAAGACUCGGAGACGGGAGAAGAUGAUGCCAGCAGCACACAGGUGACCCAACGCAGCCAGCUCCAAGAUGAGACCACCUAUAGCUCCCCGACAGGGGAGUCGGACACGCUGGUGGAUGCCUCCAUGAAGACCACGCCGACCUCAGUGCCAGGCCUGUCCCAGACAGAUGAGCACUCCAACUGGUCAGGGAGCCAAACCACGGUGUUGGAGAAGGACCCAGAGGCUGGCCCCACGGUGAGGGGACCCUACCUGCACCCCAGCAUUCCAAGGCAAGCACCUGCCGAGGCCCGGCACCUGGGGGUGGAGCCGCUGGUGCGGGCAUCACGGGCGGAGCUGAUUGGCGUGGCCCCGGGGUCCGAGGACAGCCUGUCUCUGGGGAGCGACCCCUACGGCAGUGCCUUCAGCCUGUACCGGGGCCGUGCCCUCUCCUUGCACGUCAACCUCCCCCAUGGUGGGUACCGGAGAGAUGAUGCCAACAGCAGCAGCAAAACCAGCACAGAUACCCUCCACCCACCAGCACAGAAGCCUCCUCUCCAGCGCCCAGUGUCCCCCAGAGCAGGGCAGUGCCCCGUCCAGCCGCCUGGGGCUGGACGUGGCCCCACCCCACCCGUGGCUCCCCGCAGGAAGCUGCUGAUGCCCCCCGAGUUCCAAGAUACGGCAUCCGAGGAACUGGACGAGAAGCUGAAGCGCCCCAAGUCAUCUGGCUACUCUCAGGCUUGCACAGGAGAGUCCCGGCCCCAGACGCCCCUGAGCGAGGCCUCCAGCCGCGUCUCCGUCCUCCGCCCAUCGCCCAAGCUGCCGCGGACGGGCUCCAAGAUCUUUGACAAGCUGAAGUUCUUUGAGGAGCGACGCAAAAGCCUGGAGCAGAACGAGAACCCUUUUGCGGGGCACACGUGGCUGCCGCUACGCAAGACGCGCUCUUUCGACCAGCCCGGCUUUGACGAUGCCAGCCCCUUCCUCUCGGCCGUCUCCCACGAGGACCUGCAAGAGGACACCCGCUCCGAGCUGGGCGGCGUGGCGUUCCGGCGCCGGGCCUUCCACCAGAAGGCAGCCUCCUUGGAUGAGCGCGGUCGCUUCUCCAGCCGUGUGCACGACAUGGAGCACAAGUUCACGGAGGAGCUGGGCCGCAUCAAGCGCACCGUGUCUCAGCAGCAGCUGCGGCGGUCGCAAGAGCUCUUCAGGUCACCAUCGCCACGUUCCUCCGCCGAGCCAUCUGCUCCCAGGGUCCCGCCACCACGGAAACUCAAGCCCCUUAAGGCUUUGCCGCUGGCAGAGAAUGCCCACGGUGUGCAGCAGCUGGUGUUGUCCAGCGUGGUCCUGGUGGGGCCCCGAGACGAGACCAAGGGGAUGCAAAAGCCUCUGGCGAGGAGCGUGGCCACAGCUGAGCAGGUAGCAGAGCCCAGCAGGGGUCAGAAGGAAAGCGAUCUGAAUGGGCAGGAUCUGCGGAGGAAGGUGGAGCAGUGCCCGCUGACUCUGGCAGCCCCCUUGGGAAGGAGAGACCUCCUGCAGGCUGGGCAUCCAGAGAGCAAUGACUGCAUGGAUGGAGGGUCUGUGAACGCAGCGAAAGGGAGCCAUGAGCCCAAGGGUCCAAGUGCAGCCUCGCAUGCCCGGAAACGGGAAUCUGGUCAGAACGGACAUUCCCUGCCCUGGGCCAAGACGGAACCAGGAGCAGAUAGAAGCAGGGCAGGGACCCACAGUGCAAGCAGAGAGUUGGAAAGAAAGACUGGGAAAGUGGCAGAGAAAAAGGACAACGCAUUACAGCCUCAGGAAGGGAAGAGCACUCGGAGCAGAGGCAAAGGGCGCCGGACGCGGCGAACGUCGCCUGAAUCAGAAUCUUCUGAUGAUUCCUACAUCUCGGCGGGUGAGGACCCACUGGAACGCCCCAUCUUUGAGAUCCCUAUCCAGGAUGUAACGGUCGUAGCUGGAACAGAAGUGCUGUUCAAAUGCAUCAUCACAGGCAACCCUUCCCCAGAAGUGUCAUGGCGAAAGGAUGGCGUCCCCUUUCGGAGCAGCACCACUCGCCCUAUCAAAGCAGAGGGAGAACGCCACACCCUGCUGGUCAGGAGUGCCCGUGCGGCUGAUGCCGGCCUCUACACAGUUUGUGCCACCAAUGAAGUGGGCGAGGCCUGCUGCAGUGCCAUCUUGACUGUGCGGCCAGCUCCCGCAGAGUCCCACAGCCGAUUGGUACCCCAUCACGAGCUCAGCAGCCCUGUCACAUCAGAUGAAGAGUACCUGAGCCCCUUGGAAGAGUUCCCUGAGUCUGGCACCCCGCGGCACCACCCUGUCAUGAAAGUGCAACCCCGAUCUGAGAUUGGCCCACCCCCGGUGCAUGUGGGCAUCAACUUCAAGGCUGCCCCAUCCUUUGAGGUGACACUGAGUGACCAGGAAGUACUGGAGGGGCAGGAUGUGGUCCUGCGCAUUCGGGUACAGGGAGAGCCCAAGCCCAUUGUGCACUGGUUGAAGAACAGGCAUCCCAUAAAGUAUGGGCGGCGCAUUUCUGCUGUGGAGGAGGACGAUGGAUCUUUCUGCCUACAUAUCCGCAUGGUGGAGUGCACUGAUGCUGGCUAUUAUGCCUGCAAGGCCAUCAAUGAGUAUGGCACCAAGCAGUGUGAGGCCAAGCUUGAUGUACAAGUGCACCCUGAGACCCAGUCCUUGGCAGUGCUGGCCCCCCUGCAGGACGUGGUGGUGGGGGCUGGGGAUGCAGCUCUCUUCGAGUGCCUGGUGUCUGGCCCACCUGAUGUGGAUGUGGACUGGCUAUGGCGGGGGCGCCUGCUCCAGCCUGCUCUGCUCCAGUGCAAGAUGCAUUUCGAUGGGCGCAAGUGCAAGCUACUGCUUACCUCUGUGCAUGAGGAUGAUAGUGGUAUCUACACGUGCAAGCUUAGCACAGCUAAAGAUGAGCUGACAUGCAGCGCCAAGCUGACGGUCUUGCCCUCGCAGCAGCCACUCUUCACCCGCAAGCUGGAGGCCGUGGCUGUGGUGGAGGGGCGGAUGGCACGGUUCGACUGCAAGAUCAGCGGCAAACCCACACCAGUUGUCACCUGGACACGCUUCGGCCAGCCUGUGCAAGAGGGGGAAACCAUGCGCCUGCAGCGGGACGGUGGGCUGUACUCGCUGCUGCUCCUGCACGUGAGCUCCGAGGAUGAGGGCCAGUAUGGAGUGAGCGCCAGCAACAAACAUGGUCGAGCCGAGUGCACUGCUGAGCUGUACGUGGAGGAGCCGAGACCAGCAACCAGCUCUCAGAUCUCCAAGCUGGAGAAGAUGCCCUCUAUCCCCGAGGAGCCGGAACAAGGGGAGAGCGAAGUGGAGCGCUUCACCAUGCCUGACUUUCUGCGGCCGCUGCAUGACCUGGACGUGGUGGAAUCCAAGGAGGCUGUGCUCGAGUGCCAAGUGGCUGGGCUGCCCUACCCAGCCAUCACCUGGUUCCACAAGGGCCGGCGCAUUGAGAGCACUGAUGAUCGCAGGAUGAUGCAGUACAAGGAUGUGCAUCGCUUGGUCUUCAUCUCUGUCAGUCACGCCCACGCCGGGGUUUAUAAAAGUGUCAUUGCCAACAAACUGGGCAAGGCCACCUGCUAUGCUCACCUCUAUGUCACAGAUGUGGUGCCCACACCCCCUGAUGGCCCGCCAGCCAUAGCUGCUGUCACUGGCCGAGCAGUCACUCUGAAAUGGAACAAGCCCAAGUGGCUGGAUUCAGCUAUUGACCCUGCAGCUGUGACUUACACCAUCCAGCAGCAGGUCCUGGGUAGCAGCCACUGGACUGUGAUUGCCACGGGGGUGCAUGACACCAGCUACACUGUCCUGGCUCUGAAGAAGGGCAUCCGCUACAUGUUCCGUGUACUCACAGCUACAGCCAAGGCUAAUAGCAAGCCCUCUCCACCCACUGAGGCUGUGCAGCUCCUUGAUCGUGGGCCUUACCUAGCGGAGGCCCCCAUGAUCCUGGACAAGCCGGAUGUGGUGUAUGCGGUGGAGGGGCAGCCGGCCAGCAUCACCGUAACCCUCAACCACGUAGAGGUUGCUGUCACCUGGAGAAGGUCCGGUGUGGUGCUGAAGGACAGCGAUGCCAGCUGGGAGAUGAGCAUGCCCGAUGAUGACCAGCACGCCUUGCGAUUCUUCCGGGUGGGUAGGGGGGAUGUGGGGGAAAUGACCUGCGAGGUGAGCAACCAGCAUGGAUAUGACCACUGCUUCAUCAGCUUGGAGUUGGCAGAGGCACCCCGCUUUGAAUCGAUCAUGGAAGACAUUGACGUUGGGGUGGGCGAGACGCCACAGUUUUCUGUGGUGGUGGAGGGCAAACCCCUCCCGGACAUCAUGUGGUACAAGGAUGAGGUGCUCCUGACGGAAAGCAACCACCUGAGCUUUGUGUACGAGGAGAGCGAAUGCUCGCUAGUUGUGCUGAACACCACAGAGCAGGACAGUGGGGUCUACACGUGCAUCGCCCGCAACCUGGCUGGAGAAGUGUCUUGCAAGGCCGAGCUAGUCGUCCAUGCAGCUGUGCCAGAUGCUGACGCCGCACGGGCAGAAGAAGCCGCGCACACAGCUCGUCGCCUGGCUGAAUAUUACGAUGUCCACGAGGAGAUUGGCAGGGGAGCCUUCUCGUACGUGCGGCGAGUGACCCAGAAGAGUUCCGGUUUGGCCUUUGCUGCCAAGUUCAUCCCAUGCCGCGCCAAAGCUAAGAAAUCAGCACGCCGUGAGCUUGGCAUCAUAGCUCAGCUGGACCACGAACGCAUUGUCUACUUCCAUGAUGCCUUUGAGAAGAGGAAUGCCAUCAUCAUUGUCAUGGAGUUCUGCACAGGAGAAGAACUGCUAGAGCGGAUCGCGAGGAAGACCUCUGUGAGCGAAUCUGAAAUACGUUGCUACAUGCGGCAGGUCCUGGAGGGUGUCAGCUACCUCCACCAUCAUGGCAUCUUGCACCUUGACAUUAAGCCUGAAAACUUGCUGCUGGCUGAACCCGGCAGCGAUCAGGUGCGGAUCUGUGACUUCGGCAAUGCCCAAGAGCUGAUUCCUGAUGAGCUGCAGUACUGCAAGUAUGGCACCCCCGAAUUUGUGGGCCCUGAGAUUGUCAGCCAGAGUCCAGUCUCCGGUGUCACCGAUGUUUGGCCAGUGGGAGUAAUCACAUAUCUAUGUCUCACAGGGAUCUCCCCGUUUGUGGGUGAGAAUGACAAGACUACACUCAUGAACAUCCGCAACUACAACGUGGCUUUUGAGGAGAGUAUGUUCACAGGACUGACGAGAGAGGCUAAAGGCUUUGUUAUCAAAGUACUGGUUAAUGAUCGCCUGAGACCCAAUGCAGAUCAGACCCUGGAACACCCCUGGUUCAAGACAUUAGCCAAGGGCAAGAGCAUCAGUACAGAUCAUCUCAAGCUCUUCAUAUCUCGCCGGAAAUGGCAGCGCUCCCAGAUCAGCUACAAGUGCAACAUGGUGCCACGGCCAAUUCCUGAGCUCCUAGAGGACACAUCCAGCCACUUGUCUAUUGCUGUGCCUCGCCUGCUCAAGGAGACCUCGGUGUUGUCCUCCUCUUCGGAUUCUGAUGACCCAGAGGAGUUGCCCUACAUUCCCAUGCCCCAUCAGCCCGAAUUUUCCGGCUCCCGCAUGUCCCUAACUGAGAUCCCAACAGAUGAUGAGCCUCCCGGCCCUGAGGGGGCUCCAGCAGAUGAAGAAGGCACAUUGAUGGAGUGGCAGGAUGAUGAGGGGCAGGGAGCUGUGGUGGAUCCCAAGAGAAAGGAAGAAGCAGAGCUCUCUUUCAGGAGGCAGAAGGGCACGUUGCCACGGAAGCGCUCCACAGAGGCUGAGGAGCCUGGCUCUUCCGACGAGGAGGCUCGCGAGGCCCAGAAAAGGCCAGAGUACCCCAGGAAGGCCCUGAAGAAAGGCUCCAGCCUGGAUUCCCCAGAAGCAUCUGACAAAGCCUCGCGUAAGGGGGAGCUGCGCCGCGGCAGCUCUGCUGACAGCGCCCUGUUGCUUAGUCUCCCCUCGGAUGAAGCGGAGCCCCACUCCCGCAAACGCCUGACCAAAGCAGCCUCCAUGGAGCUGCCCCAUCGGAGCCCCAGCCCCGGCACAUUGUACCGCAGGAAGGGUGGGCUGCCAGAGGAAGAAUACACCCAGCGCCUGGAGGUCAUGCGGCAGCGCCUGCUGCACGGCAGCCCCGUGGACGGUAAGCUGAGCGGCUUGCGGGGGCCGCUGCUGGAGACCCUCGGCCUUGAGAAAAAGGGCUUGAGGCCUCCCAGGCUGGAGAAGCAACUGCCCCCCGGGCACAAGAUGGCGCGCGCAGCCUCCAUCGAGACGGCUCCGCAGCACAUGCCCCCUGAGGGGCGCCUCCUCCAAAAGAGCAGCUCCUUCAGCCAAGGCGACGGGGAGCCUGUCACCCUGCACCGCCGCUCCGGAGCACCGCUGGAAAUCCCCUUAGCCCAGGCCGAAGUCCAGAGGCUGAAAGAGACGCCGUCCCUCUCCGCUCUGAAUGAAUCCAGGCCCCACACGCCACACGAGGUUCCCUCCAAGCCGCCUACCCCUGAGGCGGAGGCGGGAACAAAGCCCAUCGGCAGGGCUAGCUUGAGGAGACCAACCGCCAGGGGACCUGAGGAAAAGGCGUUGGUGAGAUUGUCCAAACCUGAUGCUCCAGAAGCUGUGAAAGCCAUAGGCUCUCCAAGGAAGCCAACAACUCGCACACCCAUCUCACCCACCCCAGGCAGCUCGGCCCCCAAGCGUUCGGCCUACGCUGAUGUCAUGCAGAGCCUGGCUGGCGAGUCAUCCCAGGUCCCUCACAGGGAGGCUGCAGAACCUUCUGCGGCUGCCUCAGAAGGUAUACCUCAAACCUCUCCAGCUACAACACAGUCCCACCCCACUGCUGCCUUUGCCAAGAAGGCUGCGCAGACCCCCAGCAAGGAACCCUCCCCCCAAGUUCGCUCCUCCAGUGCUGAGCACAUCCUGGACAUUGACUCCGAAGAGGUCUUUGAGGCCAAAUUCAAGAGAGGCAGGGAAGGCUCCCUCAGCAGGGGCCGCAAGCUGCUCUCCAGGUCUGAGGAGCGGCAGCUGGCCGGGCCGCGGGAAGAGGGCAUCUACCGGCCAGGCCCUGUGGGUGCCCCACUGGAGCUGUCCAAGUCUGGGGUCUCUCGACACCUGGGCGAGCGCUCUCGUUCUGUGCAGGACCUGCAUGAAGUGGAGAAGGAGGGCGGCUUCAUCCGCAGGAUGUCGAUGCGACUCCGACGCACGCCUCCCGUCGAGAGGAGGAAGGCCAAGGAGGAGGAAGGAGGGGGAGCGAGGCUGUCUGGGGGCCUGGCUUCCAAGGACAAAAAGGACUCGGACAGCCAGCUGUCGGAGCCUGGCUCCAGUGAGUCGCCCGUCAUGGCUGUGCGCAGGAAGAUCGGGACCACCAUGGGGCGCCUCUCCACGCAUCUGCGCAGCCACUCGCAACGUGGCGAGGAAGACCAGGCAGCUGCUGCUGGUGGCGACCGUAUCAGGCAGCCUGAGAAGAAAGCUCCUUUCCUCUCUCACCUGCGCCGUGCAACUUCUGAGGGGGAAAACCUGCGUCAAGUGGGUAUCCCGCAGAACCAGCUGGCAGCCCAGUCUGCAAGUGUCCCUUCCACAGAAUCCUUCCAGUCUGACACAUCCACAGGCAGCGGUCCUGGUGAAAGCCAGCGGCGCGGUUCUCGCUGGGAACGCUGGAGCUUGUCCAGAUCCAAGAAAGACAAGGUUGCUUCACAGCCCAACAUUCCUGCCAGCCUGAGAGGGGACGGUGUUGUCAUUAUGAGUCAACCCUAUGUGCUCAGCGAGUCAGACUUCCCUCCAGUUUUCCACAUAAAAUUGAAGGACCAGGUACUGCUGGAGGGAGAGGCAGUGCAACUCUGCUGCCUUCCCGCAGCCAGCCCUGCCCCUCGCAUACUGUGGAUGAAAGAUAAGAACACCCUGGUAUCAGAGGGUGUUCUCAACAUUGUGGCAUGUAAAGAUGGCCGCCAGCUGCUCACCAUCUCCAAAGUCUCCAAGAAGGAUGCAGGCUUGUAUGAAUGCAAUGCUACCAAUGCGCUGGGCACUGCCACCAGUUCCUGCACCCUGGCUGUAGCAAAGAUUCCUGGGAGACCAGGCACCCCAGAAAUCCCCCAGAAGUACAGGAACACAGUCCUGGUGCUAUGGAGGCCAGCAGAUACUCAGGCACCCUGCACCUACACGCUGGAACGGAAGAUGGAUGGAGAGCAUGAGUGGAAGUUGGUCAGCUCAGGCAUCGCUGACUGCUACUUCAACGUGACAGAUCUCCCUGUUGCGAGCAUGGUCAAGUUUCGUGUUGCCUGUGCCAACAAGGCCGGACAAGGCCCCUACAGCAACCCCUCAGGGAAGGUCUUCAUUGAGGGUGCAGAACCCAAGACUGCCUUCUCAGCUCUCACUGCCAAAAAGAGUACAACUGCCGCGGAGAAAGCUGCUUUCACCAGAUCCACCCAGACCCUCACUGACCAGUCUCCCCAACCCGUGCGCAGAAAUACAGGUCCCCUGCCAUCCUCUCCUCCCAGGAAGCACAAGGGGGCAGUGCCGGCACAAGGGGGCAAGGCUCCUGCUGCCCCCAAAGUGACUCAACCUGAGGAAAAGCCUCUGGCCACGGUGAAGGCCAAGCUCCCGAUUGCGGCCCUGGUUCCAUCCUCCAAGAAGACCUCGUCUUCCGAACCUCCAGCUGUUGCGCCAUCCACCUCUCCAGAGCCAGACUCGAUGCCUUCCAGAACAGCAUCUUCUCUCAGCACCCACAGUGCCUCAGUGCCCAGCAGGGUCUCGCCUGCUGCGGCAUCCUCCCCUGGCUCUUCCGUCUCCAAGUUUUCGCCCAUCUCUCCUGCCUUACCAACCCCUGCGGCAGACUCGCCAGUGACCGUCUCCCCGAAAGCUGUUCCCUACAUGGCCACCUCUUUUAUCUCCAUCCCACCAAGGGAGCCCAGCACGACGGAAGGUGCACGCAGCCAGCCAGUUACCCCCAGCCCAGAAGAGGGGCCUUCUCACACUCGCUUUCUGAGCCGCAGCACUACCCCUGGCCGGGACGCUGGGAGUGGGGCUCAGGGCAGGCUCACUUCAACUUCCAAGGACGAGUCGUCGUUGCGCCAAGGGGUCCCUCAAAAACCCUACACCUUCUUGGAUGAGAAAGCAAGGGGCCGGUUUGGAGUGAUUCGGGAAUGUAAGGAGAAUGCCACGGGCAAGCGAUUCAUGGCCAAGAUUGUGCCCUAUGAAACGGAAGGCAAGCAGAGCGUCCUGCAGGAAUACGAGAUCCUAAAGGGCCUACACCACGAUCGCAUCAUGACUCUGCACGAGGCCUACAUCACCCCCCGCUAUCUGGUGCUGAUAGCUGAACACUGCCCUGGGAAGGAGAUCCUCUACCACUUUGUUGACAGGUUCCGUUACUCAGAGGAUGAUGUGGUGGGGUACGUAACACAGAUCCUUCAAGGACUAGAAUAUCUGCACGGACGGCGCAUCAUUCAUCUCGACCUGAAGCCUGAUAACAUCAUUGUCAGCCCCACAAACACAUUAAAAAUUAUUGACUUUGGCAGUGCCCAGACCUACAACCCACUGGUGUUGCGCCAGCUGGGGCGUCGUGUUGGCACACUGGAGUACAUGGCUCCAGAAAUGGUGAAGGGGGAUCCCAUUGGUUCGGCAGCUGAUAUCUGGGGCUUGGGAGUCCUCAUAUACAUCAUGCUCAGUGGACGCUCCCCAUUCUUUGAAAUGGAUCCCUUGGAAGUAGAGAGCAGGAUCCUGGCAGGGCGUUAUGAUGCCUUCAAGUUGUACCCCAACGUCUCCCAGAGUGCUGCACUCUUCAUCCGCAAGGUUCUCUCUGCCCAUCCAUGGAGCCGCCCAGCUCUCAAGGACUGCUUUGCUAACCCUUGGCUCCAGGACGCCUACCUGAUGAAGCUGCGUCGGCAGACCCUCACCUUCACCACCAGCCGCCUGAAAGAGUUCUUGGUGGAGCACCAGCGGCAGCGCACUGAGGUGGCCACCAAGCACAAGGUCUUACUGCGCUCCUACCAUGGCGCCAGCAGCCACAUGCCCUAGCCGCCUGCCCUGCCGGAGGAGCCACAGAACAUUCCAGCAGGGGGCGUGAUGGGCCAAGCACCCACCCAGCCAGCCAGGGUGGGACUUGUUGAUAUACCUCAUGGAUCAAGAAGAGUCGUCAGCACUGGCCGCUGUUCUUCGCUCUACCUACCAGUCCUGGAGGUAGCCUGGCCCAGAGAGAGGGAGCCUGGGGGCCGAAAAUGGCAGAUUGACAAGAUUCGCUGCCAUGGGGUUGGGUUGAGGGAGGUAUGAAGCGCAGUGGGCCAUGAAGCCAUGCUGUUCCCAGGCCAAGGUCAAGGGGGGAGGAGAAAGCCUUGACGUUUCCUUGUCUAAAUAAACUCCUCCUCCCCGUGGGGAUGCCAAGGGCCCUUCCUGUAUUGUGCCUCAAGGGCUGCGUCUGUACCCUGCGUAGGUCAGGCGCAACCAAGCGCUCCCACUGACUUAACAGCAGAUGCAAAACAUGCCAGCUGCAGCCACUGAGCAAUGGGGCAUCUCUUCCUUACAUGCCAAGCUGAGCUGGGAAGAAGACAAUGAAGGAUCAACCCCGAAGUAUUGCAGAGAAGGCAUUUCAGCAAUGGAAAACUCCAACCCCCCACCUGCAUAGCCAACAGUAUGCAGUAUAGGGAGUAUAAUGGAUAUUUCUGGUCCCCAAGGUAGGGGCUGGGAGUGGAGGUGCACAUUAAAUCCACAGCACCCCUACACUUAAGACAGCAGCUAAUAACAAAGACUGCUGGAGUCAAGGGCUGAUGGUACUUUCCCUGGGGUUCCUCGCCACUCACCUCUGCUUGGGUAUCCAGAAGAAGCCAAUCAUGUGAGACACCCACCAGUUUUUCCCUGUUUACAUACCUACCAUCCCACAAUGCCUCUUCUUUGCUGCUGCCUUCCUUGUGUUUUUCUGACACGGAUACACUCAGCCCAGUCCUACCUUAAGCUUCAGAACCAGUGCAGAAGAUAGAUGCCUUCUCUCCCUGCAUGCCUUUCUGAAUCAAGGACAUGCUUCAGAUACACCACCCCUUCAUACAUUUGCCUACAUGAACCCUCCUCUCUUUCAGUGCUCUUUUGCCAUAGCCCCUUCUGGCACCUACAGAUCACUCACGAUGGCACAGAGACAGGCAGAGGUCCUCCAAACAUAGGCACCUUCUCCUUUUGCAGUCAGGCACACAUGUGACCUUACAUGGCCUCUGGUGGUGGGUGGGUUGAAGAGGACAACAGGGUUGGUUCUAAGUCUUGGGGUGGGGGUAGUGGGCAUUUGUUUCUCUGCUCUUGACCUGUGUAGUGUCCAUAGCAAACCAGACCUGACAUACCCCACUGAGAAGGGUGGAGGCCAUUUUGAAAAUGAGUGUCUACAAGUUUUCACAGCUGCGCCUUAGGGCAACCCAGGAAGGACAAACCUGGAUUUCGUAUGGGUAGGGAAUGAAGAGAAUGUACCACUGGCACAGAGUUGAAAGCAGACCUACCAAAUGAAGCAGACCUACCUAACCACCCCCACCUUGGCUAUGUGAAUCCAUGACCAUGGUUCCCCAUCUCAGUCUUUUCACCCCAUGCCCCAGUGUGUUUUGAUUGUGAAGAUGCUCAUUUCCCUGUGGCAUGGAGCAAGCAAAGCAAACCAGGACUGCUUCCAGAUGGGUGGCUUCCUAGCGCUAAAAAAUCAUUGCUCUUCCACUGUAAGGUACAAGAGGAAUUGCAGUUGAACUUUGCACACUAUCAGGGAUAUUGCACUUUUCUGUAUGUUCAUCCUGCUAUGUCCCAUCCACACCAGUGGGUGUGACAGAGCUGCUGGGUGGGGGAGGGGGAGGAAAGAUCUAAUUCACCUAAGUGGCCAUUUGAAGAAGAAACCUGAGUGAUUCUUAAAAAAAUAAAAUAAAAAUCAGUUAUUUAUUUA